AUGCGUCACCUGCGGCCGGCGGCCUCAGUCGCAGCCGACAUGUCUGCGCGCGCGCUCGCCCGCACGCACUGCCUCGCGCUCGCCGCACACCUGCUCUCCGCUGUCACAGCCGCUAUAUUCUCAAAUGGCGAUUUCACAUGCAUUAAGGAUGGCCUCUACGCGAACUACGAUACUGGUUGUCAAGAAUAUGUACGCUGCUCUGGUGGGACAGUGAGAGGACACUACGUAUGCGCCCCGGGGCGCGUGUUCAGUGAAACGGCCGAAGCUUGUGUUCCACGACGCAGUUCUUCCUGUACUCGACGCAUUUGUGCGCCGGGAGAUACCCUCGCAUACGCUACUCCAGGGACGACCUGCCGCCACUAUUAUCGUUGUGUGAAUGGUACCGUCAUCGACCACACAUGCCCUUCAGGGUCCUGGUUUGAUCUGGCGAGGCAAGCGUGCUCACGCGGCGCCGGCACCUGCUACGAACCAGUAUGUGCGGGUUUACCUAACGGUAAUUAUCCAGAUUCCUCACAUGAAUGUCGCCGCACGCUACGCUGCCACGGGUCGGAAUUACAAGCCGUAGUGUCUUGUGGCGGAGCAUGCGCCACUACAUGUCCACCCCCGCGCGCUGCUGCUGUACCCCUACCAGCGGGAGAUGCUGAUUUUUGCUCUGAUGAAGCCUGCUCUUCACUGUGCCAAAAAGUUUCCGACGGUGCCUACGCAGAUCGCUCAACUGGGUGUCGAGAAUAUUUUGUAUGUGAAACACACCGAGUUAUUCGACGCGGAGUAUGUGAACCUGGGUUGCUUUUCUCGGGGACCGGAUGUGAACCCGCGGCACGAACGCAGUGCCCACCUCCCGCUAGAAGUCCUUGUUUUAAUAGACAAGACGGCUUGUAUAGAGACUGGAAAGAUUGUUUUUCUUGGUACGAGUGUCAGCGCGAAAGAGUUACGGCUCGCGGCUCAUGUUCCAGAGGCUUAGUAUUUGAUGGCGUCACAUGUGUUUCGAAAGAGUUAUUCCAUUGUGAGGGUCCUAUACGAUCUAGGGAGUGUGUAGGAAUGCCGAGUGGAACUUAUCAGGAUCUGGCCUCAAAUUGUACAAAUUACUAUCAUUGCGAAGGCCCGUUAAAGAUUACGCUAGAAUGUCCUGCAGGACAAGUAUAUGACGGUGCGCAUUGUUCAGAGGCAUCACAGUACUUAUGCCCUAGUCUCGAGCGUGAUUCCUGCUACGGUAAAGCCGACGGUAGCUAUCGCGCUGCAGACGCUGGAUGCAGGGGCUUCUACGCGUGUGUGAAUGGUGAAAAAGCCGUAUACGCGUGCCCGGCGGGACGAGUCUUUGAUGGCGAAUCGUGUGUUUCAGCGGACUCGAGUGUAUGUCCGAACGAGGAUUACUCCUGUUCUGGUCUCUCAGACGGGUAUCACGCUGAAUUGGAUUCUAAUUGCCACCGAUAUUUUUACUGCGAAGGCGGUGACAGAUUAGCGACUUUAACUUGCCUUGGCGGAAAGAUAUUCGAUGGCCACGCGUGUGUUGAGCCUACUCACCACAUUUGCGGAUCUCCCAGGAAGGACAUCAUUGAAAACGGUGGCAAAUAUUGCGAACGCGAUGGUUUCUUUCUACAACAGGGGACGGAAUGUAAAAAGUAUUAUUUCUGCGUAACCGGUGUGAGGACUUAUCUCAGUUGCCCGAAGGAGCAGGUAUUUAACGGACAAGUUUGUGUGUCGAAGGAUCUGUACACUUGCCCCGGC